UGCACGAAGCGGCAGACGACGGACCUAAGGAGCUUAGAGGUUGAUCGACAUCGGGCUGCCGCCGGAUGCAAGCACGUACCAUGUUGCGGCCGUGUUGCCUUUGUUGAGCACUCCGGCUAGGACAAAUACCAGCAGCAGUGGAAACGUGAUUUGAGCUUCGGAUUCGGUCGGGUCAGUCCUGGGUACAUAGUCGUCGGGGAUGGUGAGAUGGAGCGAGUACAGACCGAUGAGGAUUGCAAAGUUGAUGGCACCGGACACUUGACCAACCGUGAUGUCGGUCAUCUUGCUGCAGAGAGGCUCCUUCCGCAUGUUCGAUUCGCUGGCUUUGAAUAACAGAUACGGUAUCAUCGAGGGCCUAGUUGUUGACACCAUAAAUGGCGGCAUCGCAUUCCGUAAUCAUACCAUCCCCACAGGACUCUCGCAGGGCGGCACAUGGAAGGAAGACCUGCUUUGGGUCACGCCGGACACCGAGUGCGUCAACAUGAACUUAACGCUCGAGUUCGUGAUGCGAGGAGAGCUCGGCGGGCCGGGGCACUACGUCACCCUGCGGGAUAACGGGGGGUUCAAGAACUUGGUCAAGGACUAUCAAUACAUCGAUCUUAACGAUACGCAGGCUCGACCGACACUUGCGGGCCGCGCCUGGAAGGCCGCUUCGUUCAAUAACCUGCUGUUGAUGAGGUACUUGAACUUGACACGUACCGGAGUGAUACCCGAGACCUUCAAUAUGACCGGUGAGCUGGGAAAGGCCCGGUUGGAUCCGUAUCAGCUUCGCAUGCACGAUACCGGCCUUAAUCCUCUGCCAGGACUGCCAUUCAACGAUGAGCUCGACACCGGUAAGCCUAGAUGCCAUUGCGGAAGGAUAUGGAGGUGCAGACAUCGCCAGCAUCAACCGUAUCGCAGCGAAAGUGGGUCUCUUGAUGGGCAUGGCCAGCCCUCUCGGCAACAACAUUGCGGCUUCGAUACGGCGAGAAUCCAACACGAACUGGAAGCAACCGCUCUACGUCUGCGCCUCCGCACUGAAGGCUUCGGUGCAAGAGGUGACCUUCGCCGUCAACGGCAGUUCCAUCUCCGACAUCCAAGUCAUGGACGUUUCCAAAACAGCCCGAGUGAGACUCUGGGCAGUGGAAGACAGCGGGUAUGCCAUCGCCAACAUAGACCCAAUGUGGGGACUAGUCUCGGACGAGUGGGAGGACGCACCGGGCUGUCAAUUCUCCGCAGCGACCGACUGUACCUCCCAGCCGGCGCGGGAGGAACCUUCUCCAGCGGCAUCUCAUACCAGCCGGAUGCGAUGGCCGGCACCCACGGGCUGCUCACCGUUCUGAGCGAAACAUACACAAAAGUUCUGACCGUCGGCGCGCUUUCCGCGCCCGAAUACCUGCCGGACUACACCGACUUCGUCAGCUACCCGAUGUACACACGGUGGCAGAACCUGUCGAAGAGCACCGAGUCCGCCACACUAAUCUUCAACCUCCUCUGGACGGACAUCGCCGCGAGCCUGGUGACGGGCAGCAAGCCUCAUCUCGCAUCAUCAUCAACAGCAUCCGCUGACCCCUCGCGGCCUGUCCUCGUCUUCGAGCGUCGCAUCAAAUACGACCUCCGCUACGCGAUCCCGGCGAUGCUCUUCGCGGCGCUAUGGCUGGUCCUCGGGAUCGCGUUCCUGCUCGUCCUGCUGUUCGCUGGCACCAGAGUUGCGCAUAUCACGCAGCUGCUCAAUCACACCGCCACCGGAAGGGUCGUCACGAACAUCGUCGCUCCGGAUAUGGCCCCGCCUGGGGCGCCGACAAAGGAGUGGGCGAAAUCCGCCGGCGUGAUGAGUUUUAGGCUGGAGAGUGAGAAGGUUGCCGUCGAGAGGGUGGAGGGGUGCCUGCCGGCGAAAGGGAGUUAGGUUGCGUACUUAUACUUGGUUGGAAGGGGCGGAUUUAAUAAGAUGAGAUGUGGUGCGGCAUCCAACGGUAACCAGUGGCCGUGGCCGUGGGAGGCAGGACGGAUACGGUAUAAAUCGCUUAUGUAGCGCAAGAUAUUCAGAGUAAAUAAAUGAUCCCAAAGCUUUAAAUGUGGUCACUCCCGCCGCAAAUGUUCAUAUGUACUCACUCACUACUCAGUCAAUGAAGGCAGGUGGCAAUGGGUGGUUUCUGUCAC